UUUCCGUUGAAUGAUGCCUGCUGUGUUUUACGACAGCGGGGGCCCUCCCCGCCCGUCCAACCACUGAUCUCCCUUCCCAUCCAUUGCAGGACCUCUCGCCCCUCUCCACACCACACAAACCCCCCUCGCCCCCUCAACACCAUGUCCAGGUUCAUGGGCGACCCAAUCCAUGUCCAGCUGCGAUGCGCAAGGGAGCUUUGUACGAGGCGGGGAUAUCCCUCUUUCCCUCUCAACAAUCGCCCGCCUGGCCCUGCGUGCAUGCCCCAUACACAACAUACUUGCUCAUCCAGAAACACCGCUACGCAACAGCAUACGAACGGAAAAAUCCACGGGAACCUUGCUUUGCUUUGCCUCUGCCCCAAUCAGACAUGGAUGAUCCCCUAUUUUUUUUUUGCCUGCCUUGAGUUUAUUCAGACUUGCGUUUUGCGUACCAUGUUCGAGGGCUAUGUGCCCGGGGCGGCUAUACUCGGGAUAUCCGGACUAAGGUAA